CAAGAAGGAGGCGGGAAACGGGAGACCAGGACGCCCGCCCUCCGAGAGCGCAGAGGGGAAUGGAAAUCGACGGCGAGGCUGGCGGCGGCGGCGAGGAGGGGAGUGGGAGGGGCGAGCUGGGGCGCCUCCUGGAAGCCAUCAAAUCCUCCGAGGUUUUGGAGAAUAGAAUUCCCCUUAUCAACCAACUUGAGGGUUCCUCUCAGUUUUCUGCAGAUGAUCUGGGCCUGAUACUCGAAAGCCUCGUGGUAUCGUGGGAUGAUUCCACAUGUUCGGGUGUAUCACACUGCAUGCUACACAAGUCAAUUUUGCAGGUUGCUCUGAAAUGCUCUGACUUAGAUACAAUCGGCUCUCUGGGGCCAUUUCUUACUCUCGGUGCAAAGUGCAUUCUGUACCAGGCCAGCUCAUGGUGUGGAAAACAUCUCGGAUGGUUUGUCGAAUCUAUUGAUGACUCUGAAGUCGUUCAAGAGGAAGAGCACAGCAGUUUAUGCCUAGAGAUAAUUUCACUGAUCUUAAAAAUCUCUAUCAAGCUCCUUCCUGUUGCGGCAAAAUGCAUUGGUGUUGAUGUGGUGCAUACUGUGGGUGAUUUUAUUUCGCAGUUGCUAACACUGACAGAAAGCUCAAUAGUUGACAAGACAAUCCAUGGAGCUGCAGCACAUGUUGCUAAGGCAGCACCUGUUUUUCUGGAUGAAACCAUUAAACUGUGCAGAGCAUAUUGCGAGGCUGCAAAGUCAGAAACCUGCAGAAUGAGCAUGCUUGCAGAAGAGACAACUGUGAAACAUAAAGUGCCAGAUCUUACUACAGAUGUGAUCAGGAUUACAACAUGCACUAUUCAGACCAUGUGUAAAGUAGGAACCUAUGCAGCAUCCAGUGGUGGAAGCCAGGUGGCUUUAUUGACUGUAUCAUGGAAGGGUGUAGUUUCCUUGCUGCAAUUUGGCAAAGGACUGAUAGAAGUACAAGUGAGUGUCGGUGAUAUAAUUUCAACCCUUAUCUCCCUUGUCAUUGAAUCUUUGAGGGUUGCUGCGGAGACAUGGUGUAUGUCAUUACAUGAAGUCCUGGGUAUCUCUGAAGCUAGAAGGUCAUUCUUACCAAUCAAGUUUUUCUUAAUAAAUGCUGUACGGAUUUGUUCUGUAUAUCCAUCUGAAGCACUGACUAUAUACAAGGACUUAAUCAGGUGUGUAUUGGUGAUAUCAUCAACAAGCAUUUUAUUCAGCAAAGAUCCCCUGUUGAAAGCAGCAAAUGAGGCACUUGUUGAAUUAUUGGAGCCUAAUUCCUUUCUUUUACUAGACACACUUAUGAAGUCAUCAGAAGUAAGAACAGAGUUGAAAUGCCAGCUUGUACAGUGUUUUUUAGAAAAUGGAGAAGCUAAUAGUCUGGCUCAAAUCGGGCAGGAUGAUCAGAGGGAGAGAAAUUUGGCUCAAUUGGGUUGCAUCUUUUCUGUGGAUCCUGAUGUUGAUGGCAGAAACAGAGCACUUUUACUUGCUGAAGUUAUUGUGUUUUUGCACUUCCUCAAUGUUUCCUCUUGUUUAACAGAAGAGGUGGUCAUUGAAUUAUCUAAAAAGCUAGGAGUUCUCCUUGACAUCUUAACAUUGGAAGAUGUCUACUCAUAUGUCCUUGGCUGCCAAAUUCCAACAUUAUAUGUUGCCGACCAUCCUCCUGUGGUUGUCUGGCAGCCUGUGUAUACUUGUCUCAUACAAGCCCUGAAGACUCUGAUGAUUGUUGCUGCUUCUUCAAGUGUUGCUUGGAAUGAGUUGCAAACCUUCUUACUCGAGAGCCUUUUCCAUCCCCAUUUCCUUUGCAUGGAAACUGUAACAGAGCUAUGGUGUUUCUUUGUGCGCUCUGCUGAAAAUGAAACAUCGACUUAUUUAAUUAAUCAACUAUUUCUUCUGUUAAAGACUGUAGCUUCAACAGAGAAAGUCCUUGCACCUCUCAGUGCAUUGCGGAAGGUUGCAUGUGCAUUCUGUAUCAUCUUGAGCUAUGCAUCAUGUGCAACUGUUGAUCAUAUUUAUGCCUCUGUGCUGAAUGAUAACUCUUCAAAGUCAUCGAUCCUGCAUUUAGCAUUGUUGAUGGAAGGAUUUCCUUUUGAUUCAUUAUCUGAUGGUAUAAAGGCGCAAGCUGUGAAGAAACUGUUUACUUCUUUUGCGGGGUAUCUACAGAGCUACUUGAUGAAUCAUGGCGCAAUUGAUUUGGCAACUUCUGGAUCUGGUGUAAUAGGUCUUCCUGUGCAUGCUCUAGCCUCUGCAUUGCAACGAUGCGAAAUAAACGACUCUAAUACCAUAGAUGGGAAGAGUAUUACCACUAUGUUUAAGUUCAGCAGCUCCCUCAUUCAUCUGUAUAGAACUGCACCUGACAGCAGUAAGAAUCACCUUGCCUUGCACAUUAGUUCCAUAUUGGAUAUUAUCUCAAACAUGAGGCAUCUCUGUGCAUUCUAUCAGAUGGAGAAGUUAACUGUAGAGUUGCAAACCUUUUUCAUGUCUAGUUCUGAUAAUUCAAAGGCAGUGCUAUCUCAGUGCAAACCAUCGAUAGCUUCUUUUAUGGCGGUUCUUGGUCACUUGAGCUGUACUGGAGACAACUCUAAUGCACUUUGCUCUGCAAUGUCGGAUUUAUACCAUCUUUUGCUGAGGGAACGACACUGGGCACUCAUUCACCUUGUAAUGGACUCCUUUGGGUACUUUGCUGCCCGCACAUCUUUUACGCAGCUCUGGAGAUUCAUUCCUGGAGAUGCUGCCCUUUCAUAUAACACAAGCACAGGGGUGGACAUUGAUGAGAACGGAUUCAUGCUGCAGCUGAGAGCUUUUCUUCAGAAAGAGGGUGUGCGCACCAACAAAUGGUCUGAAGUGCAGAUCAGUUUGCUAAUAUCUGAGGGAAGAGUGCUGAAGAAGCUGAUUGAAACAUUUUUGGAAAUUCCAAUAGCUCUAGAGCCUGAGAAAGCUAUGAUUGAAAAGGAUGCCAACACAAAGAAGAGGAAGAUGCCAGAUGGAAUCUGCGAAGGGAUGGCGCUCCUACAAAACGGCAUCAAGGUCAUGCGAAGCGCUCUCGGUGGAACAGACUCUGCGGAGCUCAGGGACAGGUUUGCUGCACACUUGUCACGCCUCGAGGACACAGUUUCUCAGAUUUCUAGCUUCUCUGAACAAACCUGAUACUCUUCAGAUGGCAGCAUACCAAUUACUGCCGCACUGUAAAAAAUUAUGGUACCAAUGUGAUUGACAAUCAGGAUGGACAAUCAACUAAUUGCUGACUGUAGGUCGAAAAACAAAGCUAGUUGUUCGCUUCAUACUAAUUGACAAUCAGGAUGGACAAUCAACUAAUCAGGAUGUUGGAAGUAAUUAAGGACACGGCAAAUUCGGUUGCAAGCAAAUGGACAUGAGGUGUUCCUCCAAAUGUAUUACUACCACAACAUUGAUGUACUUUGAUAAUUCACACUUCCUGUCUACCAGAACCAGUACACUGAAGAAUACCUGGUCAGACUUUGGAAUACCAGAACUUCAGAAAGCCGAAGUGCAAGGGCAUGGUUACUUCUGGCGGCCCAUGAAAUGCUGAUACAUUGCUGUCACUUGAUUGAUCCCAGUGAAUUAUGGUUUCCCAUCUUGCUUUAGCAUGGACGCUUUAUGGGUUUUGUGUUAGUUCUUACUUAAAGAACUACAGAAGUCUUGUAGUAUACGUACUACUCUCAUGAAGCAUUGGUGUCCUUGCUGUUUUCCUGAGCAAGUUGAACGUUCUGAUCCCAGAUGCAGAUUAGUUCGUUACAUGCGAUAUUAAAGAAAGGUUCAUCCUUGCAUGACAAAA